AUGGCCAUGAAAGUCUUGGAAGAGAACACAGAAAGGUCAAUGAAAUGUAACAUUUUCUGGAAUGGUGAGUAUGGAUUUGAAGUGAAGCAAGGAUCAGGUGCAAGUGAAGUGAAGCAAUUAGUGGACAUCAACAGGAAAACAUGCACCUGCAGAGCUUGGAUGUUAAAAGGCAUACCAUGUGCUCAUGCAGUUGCUGCCCUGCAUUUUAAAAAUCUUGAGCCUAUGAACUAUAUUUCUCAUUGGUACAGUAAUGCAACUUACAUGAAAACAUACAGUUACUUUCUACAGCCUGUCUUGGGUAUGAAUAUGUGGCCAGAGUCACAAAACCCAACUGUUAUACCACCUCAUGUCAAGAAGAUGCCUGGAAGGCCAAAGAAGCAAUUGUCAUAA